GCGCUCCCCGCAGGCGAAGCUACCGGCAGGGCAGGGGGUCGGAUGGUGAUGUGGGUGGGGGUGGACAUUGGGGCGAGGAGCGGCCGGCGGCGGCUUCGGCCAAGGGAGCGGUCCCUGUCCCUGUCCCUGUCCCGGUCCCGACGGCGGCGGCUGCUUCAGGGGACGUGAAACCUUGUAGGAAACGAGGCACAGGCGGCAAGCAGCAUUCAGCCGUGGGGCGGGGAGAGGGACAGGGACGGGGACACGGACAGGGACAGGGACAGGGACAGGAGCCGCCAGGGGAGCGGAGGAAGCGGCCGCCGGGCAGCAAGGUAGCCCGCUGCAAGAAGGGGUCGAUGGAUAGGAGCGGCAGCGAGUGCUCCCUCUUCACCGCCUCGGCGUCGCCCUCCUCAUCCAAGCCCAGCAGCUGCCAGCAGCCGUCAGGCGCCGACCCCGGCUUCAACCCCAUGUUGGACUCGACCUUCGGGCAGGACAGAGAACUAGGAGCAGAAGAAAUUGAAGAGCUAAGAGACGCGUUCAAAGAGUUUGACAAGGACAAGGAUGGUUUAAUAGGCUGCAAAGAUCUGGGCAACUGUAUGCGGACCAUGGGCUACAUGCCGACCGAGAUGGAGCUGAUUGAACUCUCCCAGCAGAUUAACAUGAACCUGGGCGGCCAUGUUGAUUUUGAUGACUUUUUGGAACUGAUGGGACCCAAGCUCUUGGCAGAGACCGCUGACAUGAUCGGUGUGAAAGAGCUACGGGAUGCUUUCAAGGAGUUCGACACAAACGGGGACGGUGAGAUCAGCACCACAGAACUUCGCGAAGCCAUGAAGAAAUUACUCGGCCAACAGAUUGGACACCGGGAUAUUGAAGAAAUACUGAAAGACGUGGAUUUGAACGGGGACGGGCGCGUUGACUUUGAAGAGUUUGUCCGCAUGAUGUCUCGUUGACCAAGAGGAUGUCACCUUCGGGACAAAAGGUGGCAAAUAGCCACCAACCGACACAGACUACUGCUAUGUCUUCACACUGUUCUUGAAACUAUUAAACAGCCUUGCCGCCUCCAGAGCAAAACCAUUUUCGUUCCAAGCUUCCGAAGAAAUGCUAAGUGCCCCAACAUGCCGGGGCAUUGUGUUACGAACUGAAAUCAACUCUUUCUACUCCUCCGCUGCUUGGAUCCAACAUUAAACACCAUCCCAGGAUCAUACACUAGUGAUCGCCACCGAGGAGUGUACAUAUGGACGUGGUGGUGAGAUUAUUCUUUAAGUGUGCAAUGCUCAAAAUAAAAUCAGUAACAUAACUGACGGGUGAGAUAUUAAGUUGUAACGAGCUGUUUCACAGUUUGUCCGUCUUCUCUGAGGCUUUGCGGGCUUUGGCCUUUAGCUGAGCGGAAUAUCAAGGGCAAGAAUUAUUUUGUUGUCUUCAUUAAUCACCGUGACGCCCUUGGGUUCCGUUUGUCUCCGCGCGCUGUUAAUGCAACGUUCAAACAGACCAGUUGAGAGUUGCAUUGAAGUACUCGAGACGAGAAAUGGAUGGAUUCUCGCAGUAACCGAAGUCUUGACGUAGCUUCAGGGAGGGAAGGAGCCCCUCCCCCCCCCCUCCCCGGCUGUUGUUCGAUGGUGCGGUGAUGAGUUGAGGUAUGAAGUCCCAGGAUAUCACGCUGAUAAAUGCAAUGGAAAGGCUCCACAACUUUCCCGUUUACUGCGCGCACUGGAGAUCGUGCAGGGAGUGAUCCGCAUCUUGGCCAAGGGUUUGGGUUGGAUUAAACUCUCCCAGCCAUGUCCAUUGACAAUGUGGACAUUGUGGCCUCAAGUCCCAAACAGAACAGUGACAUUCUUACUUACAACAGGAUACUAUGUAAACAUGGCAACGCAUUGGAAACAGAUUCAUCGUGAAUUUCAGAAGGCAAUUGUAAGAAAUGAAGGGUGCACAGCGAAAGGAGAGGUGUGUGACAACUAAGAGUUGGCUAGUUCAUUCACUACGAG